AUGUCCACACUGGAGUCGGCGCGGCGAAGCCUUGCCAAAUCUGCACCCCAGGAGGCUAUCAGGGAGGCCAAGGAGGUGGCAACCUCUGCCAGGGCCAACAAAGACCUGCAGCUGGUAGCAGAAGCCGUCAGUCUCCAGGGCCUGGCCCUCGCUGCAACCGGUGGGGUGGUGGAGGCGCAGCAGGUUCUUGGUGCCGAGCUGAAUGCCAGCCGUGGCGCAGGAGAUCAGCGAGCCCAGGCAACUCUUCUAGCAGCGCAGAGCAAUGUGGCCCUUUCUGCAGGGGAUGCCAAGACAGCCAGGCGCUUUGCAAGCGAAGGCCGCCAGCUCAUUUCUCGAAGAGGAGCUAUGUCUGAGAGGGAGAACAGGGAGCUUUUACUGCGACUCCUCGUAGCAGAAGCCAACGCUCACUUGGCGGGUGGAGCCGGGGAAGCAGCAGCCUCCUCGGCUUGGGAGGCGCUCGCCCUUGCGCGAGAAGCUCAUGACGAAGAGGGCCAGUGUGAGGCGCUGCAUGUGAUGGCGCUGCUCUUUCUUUUCUUUGGCAGGACUGCAGCCCAAAAGGCUUUGGAAGGGGCGGCCAAAGGGGAGUUGCCCUUUGCAUCUCUGGAGUCGUCUAAUCAAUCAGCUGCCCUUCUUCGAAGGCUUGGAGACAAGGAGGGCGAAGCGGCAGCAAUGCUGUUUGGUGUAGCGGAGGCUCGGCUACAGCAUGGAAAUGGCCUGGAGGCACAGGGGGCCGCGCGGCGCGCGCGGGACCUCUUCCGUGACCUGAGACAUCGGCGUGGCCGGCUGGCAGCUUUGCAGACCUUGGUGACCAGCCUUGGCCUGGAUACCCUGGCAGCUCUCGAGGCCACGGAGGAGGAGCUUCGACUUUUUGAGUCUGAGGGUGAUGCGGCUGGGCAGGUGUCAGCCUUCCGCAUCUUAGCCGAUACAUACAUAGCAAGGGCGCUGUACGGAGAGGCUCGUAGUGCUCUGCGCAAGGCCCUGGAGUUGGUGAAAGGAACUGCAGCAGCUGAUUCGGAGGGGGAGAUCCUCUUGCUGCUUGCCCAGGUAGAGGACACGAUGGGCAGGACAGAUGCUGCUGUGGAGUCUGCCCAGAAGGCAUUGGUGAUUGCCAAGUCCAGCAAGCUUUCUGCCCUUGUCGCAGAUGCUAGGAGAGUGGUGAGCCGCCUUCAGAUCAAGUGCGGGCGUGUGGAUCAGGCUCCCAAUCGACGCGAUGCCCAGGAGGCCUUGCAGGAGUUGACUGAGGCAGCUCGCAAUCGCGAUGCGGACGAGUUCCAGUCUGUGAUGGCUCGCUUAGAAGACCUCUCCGGCUAUACGGAAGACGAGGUGAAAGCGGCUCUGAUUAUUCAGGAUGAUGAUGACCAGGCAGGCCUUGUACAGUUUUUGAAGAAGAACCAGUUAGCCGUCCAAGCCGCUCCUGGAGCUUCGAAGAAAUCCGUGGGCCGUGGCUCCAUCGUGAUGACUGGCAUGAGCCAUGCACUUCUCUACCUGUCCUUCCGCAUGGGUGGUUUAGGCUAUGGGCCACGCUUCCGGCGCUGCUAUGGCUACAGGGUUGAAGGCGAAGGUGAGGGAGCCCUCUAUGGUGCAGCAUGGCUCCGGCUACUUUCUUCACAGGAGGAGUGGGGACGACGGAUGGAGACACAGCCGCCCAUCCUGGACUCCAUGCAGCACUCACUGAAUGCCAUUGAGCUGGCCGGGAUGACCAUGUAA